AAAUGCAUACAUUUGUCACCUCCUUUUGCAAGUGGAGGAUCUUUUAAAAAAUAAUUCUGGAUAUAUAUAUAAAGUUUAUUGGAUUUGUUUUGUUUUUUUAAUUAAGGAAACCCUUUAAUUUGAUAGGAUAGUAACAAGGGUCCUCCUUCCUACUUAUCAAACAAUGUAUAGUAUAGUGUUCUGAUUUUUGUUAAAUAUGGUUUUCUAUAGUUUGAAUUUUUUUGGAGGGUUAGUUUAGUAAAGAAUGUUAUUAUGGGGUAAAAAGAGAAGUUGAAAGUAGUAGUCUAUUUCAGAUCAGAUCUGUUUCCUACCUAGCUAAUUUGGCGCUAAAACUGGCAGCUGAACAGGUCUCAGUCCCUCCCUCCCAACAUUCUUUGCUUUCUAUUUAUAUAGAUUUGUUUAUUAUAACUUGCCACUGAUUGAUUCAUUUUGUUUCUUCUUCACUCUUGUCUUGGUGGGUGGUCUCCCAUCAAUCACCACCACACAACACAUUGACACCUCAAAGGAUAUGAGAUGGAAGAAAGCAUGGGUUUUGUUGUUGGUUUUUCAGAUUUUCACUAGGGCUCAGGAUGACGGCAAGAUCAGCCUACCCAAGGAGGUGGACACCUGUAACGGCAUCUUCUUAUUAUACACCUUUGAUUCACGACAGAAGGAAUAUCCCCGUCUCAAGAACGCCACCGCACAGUCCUGGGCUUUCAAGUCUCAGUUAAGUGUCGUCAAUGCUGGCACCACCGAGCUUAAAUCAUGGCAGGCCUUCAUCGGUUUCCAACACGACGAGAUAUUGGUCUCCAUCGAUGGUGCAAUGCCUCUCAACGCUCAGGAUUUCCCCAUGAAGGUUGGCAACAACGGAACUCACCUCACCGGAUAUCCACAUGCUGAUUUGAAGACCGCCAUUGAAACCGCCGGAGAUCUCACUCAGAUGUCCGCCAUAGUUAAGAUCAAAGGUACCAUGUUCGGGGUGAGGCUUGGUGGGAAUCUCAUGCCUACAAAAAUCAAGCUUGAAAACCAAGGCUUUAAGUGCCCUGCAGCCAAAACCAAAGGCCAACGAUCCAUGCACGUCUGUUGCACCAAAGAUCCUAAAUACAAGGAGAAGAAGAAGAAGCCACUUAAAUUCUUCCCUCGGCGGAAAGCCGAUCUCUCCUUCACAUACGACAUAACUCAGGCCUACAAGGCCAAUUAUAUGGCUGAGGUCACCAUUGAAAACAACCAUCCCCUCGGCCGCCUCGAUCAUUGGAACUUAAGCUUCGAAUGGAUGCGAAAUGAGUUCAUUUACGACAUGCGUGGUGCUUUCCCCCGCAAGAAAGAUCCCUCUGAAUGCCUCUACAGUGCUGCCGGACAAUACUAUCAAGACAUGGAUUUCUCUAAGGUCAUCAACUGUCAGAAAAGACCCAUCAUUUCCGACUUACCUCCCACCUUGAAAAAUGAUGAAAAGGUUGGCAAGUUGCCAUUUUGUUGCAGGGAUGGAAUUAUUCUACCCAAAAUUAUGAAUGCCACCAAAUCCCGGUCGGUUUUUCAGAUGAAUGUCUUCAAACUCCCUCCUGAUUUGAAUCGGACUACCGUCAAUCCACCCCAAAAUUGGAACAUCACAGGCAUGGUUAACCCACAUUACAGGUGCAGUCAGCCCGUCCGAGUCGACCCAACCGAGACCCCUGACCCGAGUGGGGUCGAAGCCACAAUCUCAGCCAUAGCCAGUUUUCAAGUGACCUGUAAUAUAACCAAACCAAAACCCAAGAUGGCCAGGUGCUGUGUUUCGUUUUCGGCGUAUUAUGCAGAGUCGGUUGUGCCGUGCAACACUUGUGCUUGCGGCUGCGAGGAUGAAAAUCCGAGGAAAUGUGACGAGGAUGCGCCCGCGUUACCGCUUCCAUCGGAAGCCUUGCUGGUUCCAUUUGCCAACCGGACGCUUAAAGCCAAAGCAUGGGCUAAAAUCAAGCACAUGGAUCUCCCAAGGAAGUUGCCGUGCCCGGACAACUGUCCGGUGAGCUUGAACUGGCACGUUGACAGUGAUUACAAAACCGGGUGGUCGGCUCGGAUGACCAUCUUCAACUGGGACACGAGGAGUUUUGAGGACUGGUUCCUGGCCCUCCAGUUUAAGAAAGCAUUGGUUGGUUUUGAAAACGUCUACUCGUUCAACGGGACGAAACUGCCCAAGACCAUUUUCAUGCAGGGUUUGCCUGGUUUGAAUUACUUGGUGGGGUUGACCAAUGGAACCAAAGCAGGGGAACCGCCGGUGCCUGGAAAGCAACAGUCGGUGAUAUCUUUCUUGAAGAAAAACACACCGAGAAUACGUGUAGCAGAGGGGGAUGGGUUUCCGUCCAAGGUAGUAUUCAACGGUGGAGAAUGUGCAUUGCCUAAAAGGUUGCCGAAACGAUCCGCCGGAAGUAAUAACUCAUCUCCGAUGGGAUUGUUUUCGGCUGUUUUUGUUUCCUUCUCGACAUUCAUUGUCAUUAACCAU